CGUCGAGCGGGCCGGUGGGCGGCGGAGAGUGCCGAGCGCCCUCGCCCUCAACGGUCGGCGCGCCACCCCCCGCCCCCAAGGCCGAUCCGAGGCGUGGCCAGGCGCGGGGAGCGGCUCUACGGGGACUUCAAGAAACGCUGAAGCAUCCUCCCACGCCUGCUUUUUUGGAAGAUGGGAUUUCUGCAGCGCCCUGUGGUGGUGACAGCUGACAUCAACUUGAAUGUCGUGGCUCUGACUGCGGUCGGGUUACUGAGCCGGCUGUGGCAACUUGCCUAUCCACGGGCUGUGGUUUUUGAUGAAGUGUAUUAUGGGCAGUACAUCUCUUUUUACAUGAAGCGGAUCUUCUUCUUGGACAGCAGUGGACCGCCGUUUGGCCACAUGCUGCUGGCCUUGGGAGGUUAUAUAGGAGGAUUCGAUGGUAACUUUUUGUGGAACAGAAUUGGAGCAGAAUACAGCAGCAACGUGCCCGUGUGGUGUCUGCGCCUGCUGCCGGCCCUCGCAGGGGCCCUGUCAGUCCCCAUGGCUUACCAGAUCGUGUGGGAGCUGGGCUUCUCUCCCUGUGCCGCCAUGGGGGCCGCUCUGCUGGUGCUGAUCGAGAACGCUCUAGUCACUCAGUCACGGCUGAUGCUUUUGGAGUCAGUGCUGAUAUUUUUUGAUCUAUUGGCCGUGCUGUCUUACCUGAAGUUCUUCAACUCCCAGAAACACAGGCCCUUCUCCCUGAGCUGGUGGUUUUGGCUGACGCUGACGGGCAUGGCCUGCUCCUGUGCAGUUGGCGUCAAAUACGUGGGUGUGUUCACCUACCUGCUCGUGCUCGGAGUUGCCGCCGUCCACGCCUGGCACCUGAUAGGAGACCAGACACUGUCAAACGUCUGUGUGCUCUGUCACCUGCUGGCCCGAGCUGUGGCUCUGCUGGUCAUCCCAGCCGCCACGUACCUGCUGUUCUUCUACGUCCACCUGGCCCUGCUCUGCCGUUCUGGGCCUCAUGACCAAAUCAUGUCCAGUGCUUUCCAGGCGAGCUUGGAGGGGGGCCUGGCGCGCAUCACACAAGGCCAGCCACUGGAGGUGGCCUAUGGCUCCCAGGUCACUCUGAAGAACGCCUUUGGCAAACCCGUGCCCUGCUGGCUUCAUUCCCACCAGAGCACCUACCCCGUGAUCUAUGAGAGCGGCCGAGGCAGCUCCCACCAGCAGCAGGUGACCUGUUACCCCUUCAAGGACGUCAAUAACUGGUGGAUUAUAAAGGACCCCAGGAGGCACCAGCUGGUGGUGAACAAUCCUCCAAGGCCCGUGCGGCACGGCGACAUCGUGCAGCUGGUGCACGGCAUGACCACCCGCUUCCUCAACACGCAUGACGUGGCGGCCCCCCUGAGCCCCCACUCGCAGGAGGUCUCCUGCUACGUCGACUACAACAUCUCCAUGCCCGCCCAGAACCUCUGGAGACUGGGCCACACGCAGUGCCCGGGGCAGGGCAGUGGGAGGGAAGUGUUCUGUUCCUGGAUUGUUGGACCCUUUGAAGUCGAGGACCUGAGUGCGAAACACAGUAGUGGUGUGGCGAUCGCCUGGGGCCUGCCUCCGAGAGAGCCAGAUGCCCUGCAGUGCUUACCGGUGCGGCAGCAGGGGCCGCGGAGGCCGCCUUCAGUCUCUGUGCAGAGCAGGGCCUGGGCUCUGUGCCGCAGACGCUCCAUGUCCCUCCCCGACGCCAGCCCUCCUGUCCUGCUCCCGCUUAGCCCUCGGGUUCUGGCUCGUCAGCAGCUGCCUGACCUCUGGGGCCGUCGCCAGUCUCCAGACAUUGUGAAUCGGGAGUCGGACGCAGAGGUCUGGAAGACCAUCCUGUCCGAGGUCCGCUUCGUGCAUGUAAACACCUCGGCCAUCCUGAAGCUGAGCGGGGCGCACCUCCCGGAUUGGGGCUUUCGGCAGCUGGAGGUGGUCGGGGAGAAGCUGUCCCGGGGCUACCACGAGAGCACCGUGUGGAACGUGGAGGAACAUCGCUACGGCAAGAGCCAGGAGCAGAAGGAGCGGGAGUUGGAGCUGCACUCACCGACGGAGAGCGACAUCAGCAGGAACCUGAGCUUCAUGGCCAGAUUCUCGGAGCUGCAGUGGAGAAUGCUGACAGUGAGAAGUGAUGACUCAGAACACAAGUACAGCUCUACGCCGCUGGACUGGGUCAUGCUGGACACCAACAUCGCUUACUGGCUGCACCCCAGGACCAGUGCCCAGAUCCACCUGCUCGGGAACAUCGUGAUCUGGGCUUCGGCCAGCCUCGCCACCAUGGUGUACGCCCUGCUCUUCCUCUGGUACCUGCUCAGACGCCGAAGGAAAGUCUACGACCUCCCUGAGGAUUCCUGGCUGCGCUGGGUGCUGGCUGGGGCGCUGUGUGCCGGGGGCUGGGCCGUGAACUACCUCCCCUUCUUCCUGAUGGAGAAGACGCUCUUCCUCUACCACUACCUGCCCGCGCUCACCUUCCAGAUCCUGCUGCUCCCCGUGGUCUUCGAGCACAUCAGCAACCACCUGUGCAGGUCCCAGCUCCAGAGGAGUCUCUUUGGCGCGCUGGUUGUGGCCUGGUUCGCCUCCGCCUGUCAUGUGUCGAACACGCUGCGUCCCCUAACCUAUGGGGACAGGUCACUCUCACCCAGUGAACUCAAGGCCCUCCGUUGGAAAGACAGCUGGGACAUCUUGAUCCGAAAAUACUAGCAGUUCAAGAGCACGGUGAACGGCAGGGCCGGGGUCGGGCCAAGGCAGAAGCUUCUUUAAGGAGCGUGUGUUUCUGACCAGCAGAGUGGCUCUCGGUGUGGUGGGGACUCUGGCUCAAGGACUCCUUUCUGGUUUUGUCCCUGAAACAGUCCCCUGACUACCACAUCAUUUUGAGCAAAGUCUACUUUUCCGAGGCCACAAAGAACAUGCUCUCCCUCCACUGACUCCUAAGAGCCCCCUGAACUGAGUGUGGAAUGGCCAGCGUAGGACUCGGGGAUGGCGGAGAAGAGGCAGGAAGAGAGCGAGUUAGGUCAAUCCAGACAGGGCCCCGGUCCUGCUGACAGAGGCCAGUGAUGGGGUUUGGCUGACGGGCCUGGCCCUGCUCACCCAGAGCCCCUGUCCCCAGCCAGGCCUUGAGGAAUCACCCUAACGCUUCAGUGCCAGAGAAGCUACUGGGGUGACAGCCCUGGCGAGGUGGUCAUGGGACACUGGGUGUGACUCCUGUCACUGACUCUUAGAACUCCCUGCCCUGAGAUUCUGCUGAGAGGUGUGUGAGAGAGUAGCGCCUUUAACCGCCAAGGUUUAUCAUCUGUACACCUCCUUGUCCUGAAUUCACCUUUUUUUAUGUAAUUAAAAAGGGACAAACUGGCAUUCA